AAAAAGUACAUGAUGUCAUAAGUCUUCAUCAUAAUUAUCUGAAUAAUGGAAACGAAGAACACGAACAAGAGUGCCGAAUUUUAGCCACUGAUAAUCAAUCGAUAUAUUUUACCAAUGGGAAUUACAGGAAAGCAACAUUUUUAGGCACAGAAUUAAGUAAAAAUCCAUCAUAUAAAGAAUAUUCCAAGAUCUGGAACAACGUAAAUACAAGGACUGGAUUCUGGUGUCGAACACAAUUUACUUCAUUCUCUGAUAUCUUCUCUAUAGCAAUAAAUAAAAAUGUUAAUUUUAUUAGCAAGAGAUUUACAGUUACAGUAAGUAAAGGAGAUUAUGUCGAUGUUUCUCAAUUGUUAAAUUUCAAAAAUAUCGAAAAUAAUGACAAACUGAAAAUAAAUGGAGUGAAAGUUGCAGGAAAAUAUUACAAGUCGGCCAAAGCAAUUAGUAUUUCCGAUGCAGGAUUGUUUAGUUUAAUUGAGAAUAAUACUUUAGUGGCUACCAGAUUAAUAGUGAGAGUAUGCGAAAUUGGAAAAUAUGGUCCUCUAUGUGAAUAUAAUUGCUCGAAUUGUUUAAAUGGCGGAGUGUGCCACGACAUUACUGGUGAAUGCAUCUGUCCUCCGGGAUUUAACGGAACAUAUUGCAAAAAUGGUAACUUUAUGUUGUGUACUAAUAUUAGAAGAAAUACUCGUAAUAUAAAUAUAUAUAGGCCUAGGCCUAUUAAUAAGUAAAUUAAUCAAUAUUUUAAUCGUGAUAUUUAAGGUUAUUAAAAUCACUCUGUAAAUACUUGUCUCUUUAAUCCAAAAAGAAUUACUUCGGUUGACUAUACCACAGCUAUUUAGGUUAAAAAACUCCUUUAUUGUUUUUUCAUAUGAAUUUCGGGCUUUUUAAUUCUCAAGCCCCUGGGCUUAAAAAUCCUGCGUCAAGAUGAACCUAAGGGCUGUUUGUACAGUACGUGGGUGGUGGCAGAGGAGAUAGUGAUGACAAGUAUCUAACAAAAAACCGUUUAUUGUAAAUCAAAGAAACACUAUACAAAAGUUCGUAUCCGAGGUUGUGUUCGGAUGCGAUGAUCGAUCGGUAGAUAAGAGGAGUCCUUUGUAGGUUUGAGGUGGACGGCGAAUGAUGGGCCCCGGGGCAGAAACGAUGGGUGUCCGUUUGCUGAUGAAGAUUUGAGUUGGCGGUUCGCAUAGACUUGGUCGUUAUAAGCAUGAGAGACGACAGUUGUUUCCGGCAACGCAGAGCUGUUCACAACACACAAUUGGCAGGAAACUGCUUUUUGUGCGUUGACACACGGCGUCUCGGUUAUUUCGAACGUUAACUGACCGAGCGCGAUGUCUUUAAUUGUCGGAGAUUAUAUCAAUCUUCAUCUUUCGAUCGGCCAUACUGAUUGAUUUAUUGAUCUUCCUCAUCCGCGCUUUCCGAAUGGUUGGUACCUCGUUACUAAGCGCGACGGGACUCCUAACGACAUUUCUUCUACGGUUUAUGAAUCUGCAUUGCAGUUAUAACUUAAACAAAGGGUCUUCGACUACAAACAUUUUUUUUAACCUUUCUAAACAAUUAAAUUUUUCUCUAAAUCAACUGAUUUUCGCAAAUUUCGAGACGGUUGGGACCUGUGCGGGACAUCACUGAAGUGUGUGUACUUAUGUUGAAACUUCAUUUCGAGUGCCAGGCGUUCCGUCUUAUAAUUACUCUCUUAUGUAAGUAACUAUAUUAUUGUAUUUUAUAUUGUGUAUUAUAAUUUAAUUAUUGUAAUAUUGUUUUAAACAGCACUGAAGAGGGGCUAAGAUA